CGCGAGAUUUGAGUCAUGUGGCGUCGUGACGUUUCAGCGCAGCGACCAAUCAGCUGCCAGGCGCAGAGCAGACUUCAGACUUGUUUCCGUGUUGUUUCUUCAGAUUCUCCGGCUGCUUUUUAUUUGUUCUGCCGAGGACUUCACUUCGCCCGGUCAGCAGCCACACAGCAGACUAUGCGGACAGACGGAGUGCUCACCCGGCAUGCCUUUGGAUGGACUGAUAACGGAAACUUCACCACUAUCUGCCCUAACGGUUCCAAAUGGGUUUGGGAAGGGCUUGGGGAAUGUGCCCAGGAUUCAAGGGAUAUGGCCAGCGUCUACCUGGGCCUCCUGUCCAUCCUCUGCUUCAUGAUGUCCUUACUGCCACAGUACUAUAGCUCGUGCAAAAAUGGGAAUAUGGACAAAGCCCUUUCAAUAUGGUUCCUGUUACUGUGGUUGGGAGGUGACUCCUGCAACCUGGUGGGCUCCUUCUUGGCGGACCAGCUGCCACUUCAGACAUACACAGCGAUUUAUUACGUUGUGGCUGAUUUACUGAUGCUGGGCAUGUACUUUUACUACAAACUGGGGAACAGAGUGGUUCAAAGGAGGGGAGUUGUGCACAUGGUGGGUGCAGCCUGUAUCCUGGGAUUUACUACAAACCUCAUCCACCUUGCCGGGCCAGCCGCUCAACAGGAAGUGAUUCCCUCUGAGUUCAGAAGUCGCACGUUGCUCUCCACCACUGACGUCCACCCAUUCAAGGCUUUCACCUUUAAAGAGAUUUUUGGUUUCUCUAUCGGCUCAGUGUCGUCAGUCCUGUACCUGUCUUCCAGAGUCCCACAGAUGUACACUAACUUCAAGAGGAAGUCGACAGAGGGAGUAUCUUACUUUCUGUUUGCCCUAGUCAUCUUGGGAAACAGCACGUAUGGCCUGAGUGUGCUAAUGAAGAAUCCUGAUCAGGGUCAAGGCGAGAAAAGCUACAUCAUCCAUCACCUGCCAUGGCUCAUUGGCAGCCUCGGCACCCUCUCUUUAGAUGUCAUCAUCUCCUUCCAGUUCAUAAUUUACCGCAAAGCAGCGAUGCAGGCGGACGGCAGCCAUGAUGAGACGGCGCCUCUGAUGGGGACCUAAACAUCAACCUCAACCAACAUGCUGCUGGUGCACUGGUGGGAGGAGAGCACUCGCUUUCAGUGAGCCGUCGUAAUCACAUCACAAGAACACAAAGUCAAAAUGAUCUUCAUUUUAUAGUUUUAUUUAUUCUGCUCUUUUAUUACAAUGUUAUCAUUGUGUUUUUAAAAGUUCAGCUGCAGUGAUGAGACUUACACUGCUCUCAAAGUGGCAGUCCCUCAACUUACACCUUUUAGUUUCUGGUGUUUUUAAGGGCAGCAAAACAAGUUAUUGUUGUUUGUGUGGAAUAUUUCAGGAAAUGUAAUGGUCAACUGAAGGUUUUAUGACCUUCUUUUGUUUUUAAAGAUGCAUUUUUGAACAACGGUACAGGCUAAACUCACUAUGGAACAUUUCCUGUAGCCAAUUCAAUCACUACAGAUGUCACAGUGACUGUUUAAUCAUUUUAACUUGAACUUGAUGUUCUUUUCAGGACGGUUGCUCACAUUCACUAAGUUCAUAAAAAUACUGUACUGAACAUCACUUUACCUCAUUCAGCAAAUACAUACAGAUGUGUAUUUUAUCGACCAUCUUUUGAGAUUUCCACUUUAGUAAUGAAUUUUAAAGGGACGGUUGAGGAUUUCAGGUGUCGGACAUGAGUUUAAACUCAUGUCCUCCUGAUUUUAGGUCACAGAAAACCAGUUUACACUUGGGUUUCUCUAAAAUCAUGACAUUCAUUCUGACAUUCUGACAUCCUUUUUAAAACACUUUGACACUUUCCCAAAAGGCAAAAAUAAACCUUUAUAAGAAGCCUGACCUUAUUAGGUCUGAUUUUAUUUACAGGGUUUCAUCUUUUUGUUUUUUGGACUGUCAGCAAUGUCUUAUUGGAAAAGAGCAGAUGUUCUGUAACUUUGUGAGAGAAAAAAAAAAGUGUAAAUACAUGUAAACCAAGUGCUACAAUCAAAGUAAGUAUUUUUUAGCAUUUGUAUUUUUUGUGAAUUUUAUUGCUCUUGUUAUUUGUUAUGAUACAAUUAAUUUUUUUCUUCCCCCCCAAUACACUCGACCAUUUUUUUUUUGCACUGUUGAUAAAAAGUUGUAUUACUUGACACAGACUUUCACAAGAUUGUUGAAUUUUCAAACUUUCAUUUUCACCAUUUUUGCACGUUUUGAAGCUCCAGCUUGUUUUUGUACUUGGGGGAAAUGUUAAAUAUGUUAGGUGGGUCAGUGUACUGUGAACAUUAAACAAAUGAAUAACUCUUUAA